AGUGAGAGAGCGAGUCAUAAGCUUGGAACGGGAGACCAAAGCCAGGGCGGCGCAAGCGCCCUUCUCCGCAGCCCACCUGCCAAAACUUUCUUCGUUGUCCUCUACGCCGUGUGUUGUUCUGUGUUGUGGUGCCUCUCUUCGUUACUUGUGCAUUCUCAUCUCUGUGUGACGCCCGUGAUACAAAGCGUCGUCAGCUGUUUCUCAUCGCCAUAUUGGAUAGUCAGCGCUAGGCCUAACAUUCGGACGCCGUCCGUGUGGGAAAAAGUGGCUUCAGUUCCGUCUGCCAAAGUGUAUCCUUCCGCUGAGCAGCACUAUAGGACUUGCUUAUCAAUAUGCGUCUGGAAAUCAGGAGUGCCUCGGACUUCCUCAUGAACAUCCUCCGCUUGGGACGUAACUUGGAGCCCCGUCUCCUGGACAUCUUCCGCGGAUCUAUCGAGGACCUCCUACGACACCAUUACCAGCACCAUUGGUUUCCCGAACGGCCCACCAAAGGCUCCGCUUACCGCUGCAUUCGUAUCAACCACAAGAUGGAUCCCUUAAUCGCUAAAGCGGGCAAGGUAUGCGGCUUAGAAGAAGCUAGUCUCCGCGAGCUGUUCCCCAACGAGCUGACCCUCUGGGUGGAUCCCCGAGAGGUCUCUUAUCGAAUCGGUGAGAACGGUUCCAUCUGCGUGCUCUACGACGGGUCUGGUAACAGCAACUCUUCAAGCACAAGCAGCAGCAACGGUUAUAGCAACAACUCCCUGACGGCAUCACCUCAUGGAGCGUUGUCUUACCACCAUAACAGCCACACCUUGUCAAGUAACCAUCACCUUCACCACCAUCCGUAUGGCAGCGAGCGGUUCUCCCGUCCUGGUUGCAAGGCCAGUUCGUGGGACCCCUUUGUCGCAGAUCCACGCAACCUCAACUUCGAGUCCCUGGCCACUUACGUAUCCAGUUAAGCGGCCUUGGGUCCGAAGACAAACUGCCAAAAUGUGAGAGUUACCGCUGUCAGAAAAAGGGAGGAGUACCGGCCGGGUGCGUGGUCCGGCCCGCCGCGGGCCUGUUUCCUCCUCUUGGCCCGCGGCAUCCCUUCCCGUCUCGCGGUGAUUGUGAUCUCGUACAUUUUUUUGUCCGUCUAUUUUUUUUUUAAGAACGCGGGGUGUAUAGAAAUUGUCUUUAUCCUCAAACUCAAAGCAAUCAUGUUUACGCGUGUUUGUGUAAUAUACACCGCCUGAAAGUACAAGUUUUUCAGGGACCACCCGAGCAAAAAAAAAAAAGAAAGAAACGAUCUGCUGUGACAUCUGUGGAACCUCGUACCUUGGGCGAUGGGAAGUUACAAAUACAGGUCCCUCGGACCGCUCUAUUUCCUUGUUUUUACAAAACGCUGGUUUUUUGACGCAGCCUUUUCAGUCCAGUGCGGAUGCCCACCAAACUGGCUUUACAAGGUUUUUUACCCCCCAAGUUUCUACAUGUAGAAAAGGAAAAAAAAAAGUUAUAAACGACCAAAAACAGUAAAAUGAAAACAAAAAGACCCGGGUCUGAAAAAAAAAGUCUUUUUUUUAUUCUUAUUAUUAAUACGACAAGCUUAUAUCGAGCUGUGAUAGCCGACUUUUGCGGCUCUUCACGUAUUCACAACACCAAUGCAUUGUAUAUCUUACCACCAUUUUCUCGCACCUCUGUUCUUCUUGCUUUGUGUACAGCAAUGGUUACCGCAGUAUUACGGCUUUUUGUAGAUUAAUUUUUUUUAGUACCAUCGUUAUUGGUUCUGUUUUUUCCUCUGUCUUCCGGUGAAAGAUAUUUUGAGCAGCGUGGCUUCCCCCCCUCUUCCCAAAACUUUGCUCGGUGUCUGUAAAUUACGGAGUUUUUAGUUCUCACCCCAUGACCCCACCCUUAGAUGCCCUGACCGGUUCUGUACAUUGUGUCGGCCUAGCCUUUAUUUUUCUUCUGUAUUUUUCGAUGUAAAGAUAUUCUCGAGUCAUGGUCAUCACCACCUCCCAUCACGUCGGCCCUUCCUGUGACCGAAAAACUGCAUUUCGACGGUUUGUCUUGUAAAGAGCUAAAGGAAUCAUGUAUAAAGAGGCGCUGUAUAAAAAGGCAUUAUUGUAAAAUGUACAGUCGUACGGCGAUAGGAGAUCUUUUUUGUACAGUAAAUAAAUUCUUUGUGGAUGAA